UAAGGACUUGCAAGCGAUGGGAAUUAAAGAAAAGCUUCAUCCAUAUCCUAAUUCUUCCAAGUUUCCUCCAUCAUGCUUUACCAUGAAGAAAGAGCAGAAAGAUAUCUUCCUAAAAGUUUUAAAAAAUGUGGUUUUUCCAGAUAACUACGCAUCAAACAUUUCUAGAUGUGUUGAUCUUAAGAAACGCAAGAUCUCUAAUUUAAAGAGCCAUGAUUCCCACAUUCUGAUGGAGCAUCUUUUUCCAAUUGCUUUUAAAAGAUCUCUUCCUAAAGAAGUUACUUCAGUGUUGAUUGAGUUAUGUAACUACUUUAGAGAAGUAUCAAGCAAGGUUCUAGAUGUAAAGUAUAUGGAGAAGCUCCAACAAAGAAUUUGGUUGACUCAUUCUAAUCUGGAAGUGAUAUUCCCUCCAUCAUUUUUCACUAUUAUGGUUCAUUUGGUCAUUCAUCUUGGAGAGGAAGCAAUUCUUGCUGGUCCUGUACAAGGUCAUUAUAUGUAUCCUGUUGAAAGGGAACUCGGCCAUUUGAAGUCUUAUGUUCGUAACAAUUCCGCAGUAGAAGGCUGUAUAGCUGAAGGGUAUAUUUUGGAGGAAUGUCUCACUUUUUGUUCAAGAUAUUUGAAGGAUGGUGACAUAGAGACAAGGUUUAAUCGACCAAGGCGUAAUGAUGAUGAAAAUGAGAUCAAUGCUAGUAGUGAAUCUACUAUCUUGUCAAACUUGUUUCCUGCAUCAGGCAAGCCUGUUGGGGCUAUUAAGACUCUACCGAUACCUCCCUUGGAAAUCAUACAAGCUCACCGAUAUGUUCUAACCAAUUGUGAAAUAGUUGAUGCAUUUCGAGAGAAGUUUAGGACUGAGGUCGCUAGGAUGCUUCGUGGCAGAAGAAACCAAUCAAAAACUGUGGAAGAACAUGUGCACAAACAUUUUCACGAGUGGUAUAAGGAAUAUGUUGCAAGAAAUGAUGGUGCGGAUAUUACACCCGAAAUUGAAUGGCUUGCAAAUGGACCAAAUAAUGUUGUGAGGAGAUUCAAGGAGUAUAACGUUCAUGGAUUUAAGUUUCGUACUAUGAGGAAGGAGCAGGGAUUGACAACACAAAAUAGUGGUAUUGUUAUGUCUGCUGUCACCAAGAGAUUUUCAAGUGGUAGAGAAUCUAUUGAACAGUCAAGUGAUGAUAUGUACUAUGGCAAAUUGGUUGACAUCAUAGAGUUAAAUUAUUACGAUUUUACUGCAGAGGCAGCAACAGCAGCAGCAACAUCAACUGGCGCAGCAGCAACAGCAACAGGCGCAACAGCAACAGCAGCAGGCACAGUAGCAACAACAGCAGGCACAGCAGCAACAACAACGCAGAGAUGGUGCAGCAAUGUUUAGAGCAGUUUAAUACUACUGUUAUGGAGCACUUCAUAUUGCAACGACAAAGGGACGGAUAUAGGUUUGUAUUCUUAAUCUAUCUUUUCUAUCGUAAAGCAAAUGUGGUAUGUGUUUGAUGGUUUAUAACCAAAGAGAAAAAAAAACUUACAGAAAUAACAAAGGGCCAAACAUCUUCUCAUAAAGUGGGACAGAGGGAGUACAUUGUAUGAUUUUUGGAAGAGUCUGUAGGAAGGAUUUUCCUGCAUGCUUGCUAAGUUCAUUUUCUUGCCCUCAAAUCUUUCAUACAUUUGCUUGUUAUAAUUCUCUAAAAAUCACCUUUUGUCCAUGCCUUUUCAAGUGAUAAUCCAGUUAAAAUUACUUCUGAAAGUGUUGUUUUUGUCUCUUUGCAACAUUAAGAACUCAAUUUUUGGAUUGACCGAGCACCAAUACAAACAGGUACUGCUUUCACUAUGCAAGGUCUUUUGUUUCCAUGAAGUAGCUCUAGAAUCACUUGCUUGUUAGAAUUCUUUUCCUUUUAUUUGUUCCAGCAAAAUAUAUGCAUUGAAUUGUUUCGUAGAUAUAGUUGAGAUUUCAUAUCGGUAUGAAAUUGAAAUGCCUCAUAGGUUAUCUCGCGGUUUUGUUUGGGCUUGUUGCUUGAGAUUGUAUGGAUGCAGGAGGAAGACUGGUCACUUUAAGUCUCAACUAAUUCAUAACCACUACUUGCCAGAGAGCUAAUAUAUCAAAAAUGAAGUGACGAGAAAUAUUUUGGCUAUACAAUCAACGGGGACUGUUUUGUUUAGCUUUGUUGCGAUAUAUAUUAUAGUACUUGCAGUAAUAAAAAACAGUAAAAAAAAUUAUCGUAAUCCUAGAGAAUCAGAUCUGCAACUAACUAAUUACUACAAAAAUAGGAAUAGCUGGCUAAGAGACUAUUAACUAGGAUUUAUUCAAAAAACUAAAGCAGUAGAAUAAUGUUACUGCAGCCCAAAAGCAUAAUUCUAACACUUACUGACAAGCUCCAGUUUCCUUUCUUGACAGUUAUAUUCUUGGAGAGAAGGAACAUUUAGAAACACCUUAAUCUUUUAGUACCAUCUAUCAAGUCCUCACGCAUGAGAUCUGAUUUCAUUCUAUGAUUUGAAUAGACUUAGUUAAUGUCCGUCACUUUAAUUUUUAUGGAAUUUUAACACACAUAUAUAGGCUGCAUUUUUUGUAAAUGCACCAUAUUUUUGGUCCAAACAGAGAUCAGACGAUGUUGAACUAAUAAAUGAAAGAUCAACUUUUUGUGUUAGCAUAUUGGAAUAUUGUUGACUGCUGGACUUUGAAUCUUUGAUUGAUCAAGGCAGUAGUACUGAAAUAUUUGUUUUAUCAUCUAGUGACUUCUCACAUGAAAUGGAUCUGGCUCUAUUUGUCUUGAUAACCCUUUUAUCAAACAAUAAGAUAGUUGAUUUAUCCAUCCCAACCUGAACAACAUUAGGUUAUUAAAGGAGUGAAAAAAACUAACUAGCAUAAUUUAAGUCAUAAAAGACCUUUCAUCGAGAAGUUUAUUCUUUUCUUCUUUCGUCACAUUUGACAUUUGCAUCAACAUACCAGUUCCAUGAUUCUUUCCAGUAGUUUGGUAUGAUAUCAAAUUUAUACGUAUGCCAAUUCAAGAUUUCAAGUAAACCAGUUGUAAAUAUGAUCUUCUACAUGUGCAGAUUCUGAAAUCAAAGAAUGUAGAAUUUGUUGUAGCACUGUAUUUCUCUUUCUUGGCUGUUGCAUUUCUUUUCUCUUUCUUGGUUGUUGCAUUUCUUUUAUUCUUCCUGUAAAUUAUUUGAUGAAUAUGUAUUCUUGACUUGGUUAUGCUUGUAGACUUGGUCAUUUCUUUCUGUUCAUAGAAUUUAAACGUUGUAAGUACUGAUUUGAGAGAGUAGUUUUGAAAUGUAUAUUUAACUCUACCCUUGUUUUUGUUCCGCACAUACAUUUAUAGUGAUAUAGGGUCCGAGUCUGAUGAACUUGUGAACCUAUAGUUGAAUCCGCUGCUAAUGUUCAUGUGCCUUUUAUUUUUGCCAAAAAAUGCAGAAAAUAGAUGUAGGAUUACAUCUACUCUUGGAUGAUACAAAAGUUUACGACUGCUGCUGCCAGUGGAUUGGCUAGAUACUUUCUUGAUUUUCUUUUAUGCCUUGAUAUUAAAACUUUGGUCAUUAUAGCACUGGUUUGUGUAUAUGGUCAGUGUACUCAUGAAUGCUUGUUGAUUAUGUAUUGAUACCAGGAAAAUGACGAAAAAAUUGUAAUUUUUUUUUAAAA